CACAAAUAAAGUCACUCGCUGAACGCCGAAAUCGUAUUCACUUGAUGUCUUGUAAUUACGCUGAAGGUUUAUCUAAAUAUGAAAACAAAGGAGUUCUCGGUGUCCCAGAAAUAUUCGACCCUCCCGAGUUGAUAGAAUCAAAGUGUGACCAACUGGCAAAAAUGAUUCUAGCGUCCAAGCACACCGUCGUCCACACCGGAGCUGGCAUCAGUACAAGUGCGGGUAUACCAGACUUCCGUGGCCCGAAAGGAGUUUGGACACUUGAGGAAAAGGGAGAGAAGCCUUCGGUGAAUAUUUCGUUCGAUGAAGCCAUUCCAACGAAAACGCAUAUGGCUUUGAAGGCUCUGGUUGCCGCUGGGCAUGUUCAGUAUAUUGUGAGCCAAAACAUCGACGGGUUGCACCUCCGCUCAGGACUUGCCAGGGAAUAUCUGUCCGAGCUACACGGCAACAUGUUUGUGGAAGUGUGCCUCAAAUGUCGGAAACAAUAUGUUAGAAGUACUCCAGCACCAACGGUUGGUAAAAAGCUGACCGGUAAUAUUUGUCGGGGGUCUGGAAAGCAGCUUGGUUGUCGAGGAGGCAACCUUAUCGAUAACAUCUUGGACUGGGAACACGAUCUUCCAGAGAACGAUCUUCAACUAGCCUUUAUGCACUCUGCCAUGGCAGAACUUAACAUAUGCCUUGGAACGACUCUACAAAUUGUCCCAAGCGGGGAUCUACCAUUGAAAAAUAAAAAGUAUGAUGGACGGCUAGUUAUAUGCAAUCUUCAACCGACCAAACAUGACAAAAAAGCAGACAUGAAAAUUUCCUCAUAUGUUGAUCUAGUAAUGGAAAAAGUUGUCAAACGUUUGGGAAUCGAAAUACCGGACUAUCAAGCAGCUGAAGAUCCUACGAAAAGCAUACCGUAUAGCGUGAGGUGGAAUAUCCCAGACAGUGUAGUAAAAACCAUGGAUAAACUUUACGAUAAAAUGAUUAAGGAAAAAGGAAAACUAAAGCGCAUGCAAAAUGACGACAAAGCGGAAGUGAAGUAUAACGCAAAGAAGCUUAAAUCAGAAGCACAAACCCAAGAGAUUGAUAAUAAAGAUAAUAAGAUCUGUUAA